AUGACUACCAUUGCUAUCGUCACAGUGCCACGAAUGACACUCCCGGUGGAGCUUUGUUUGCAGCUAUUUCAUCUCUGCGACUUGGAGAGUUGCCUUGCGCUCAGUGAAAGCUCUUGCACCUUCUUCCACGUCUUUGAGGGUCUAGACGACAGUCUGAUCCGAUCCAAGGUCCAGAAACGAGUGCCUUGGAUGACCCUCGACGAAUCAGGCACCCAAAUUUACACCUGGGCUAGAGCAGCUCGUUUGAUCCGAUCUCGAACCUCUGGAGUCCGCUCAAAAUCACCCAAGUGGAAGGUGGUGAAGAACCUGAGACCCUUGUUGUCGGUGCACCCAGUCGUUGAAUUUCUGCCCACGGUGAGCAUCGACACUAAUCUUCCAGACUCGUUUGAGCCCAUUUUCGACGAAAUUGAUCCUCGUCAUGAACCAUACAAGUUCCAGGGCGAACACUUGUGUGUUGGCGACAUCUCUAUGAAUCUCAAGACUCUCAGAAAGAGUGUAAUCUCACCGGCAGAGUCCAAACGACCAAAGCAGCUUUCGCAAAUCUUCGACGAUAGACCAGAUCACAGUACAAUGGUUAUUCAUGAGGAUGAUCCCGUGGGACAACGGCUCUGGUUUUCUGGGGAGAAUUCCACGACCAUUCAUCUCACGGAACAGAGAAGAGGUCACAUGUACUCGCAGAUCGACUACUUGAUCGACAAGCCUGGAUCAACGUUAGAGGAUGGAUCCAUUGGCUUCGAUCCAUGCUCUUCGGUGGCGCUCCCACUUAUUCGAGAUGAUGGAGCUAAUGGCCACUAUCGAAUCAAGAUGUUGCCUGCGCCUUUUGGGGGAGCUUUCAUCGUGGAGUACUCGACGCCCACACUUCGUAUUUCGUACAUGGACCCCAAUCCGUAUGAAAACAAGGUGGUUCUGUUGGCCAAACUGGAAGGCCACACUAUCACUACCUUCCCGGUGGAUAUCCAGAUUGAAAUUUACAAUGGCUUGCUCUACUUCAACGUGGAUGGCCAGUUUGUGCGUCUAUGGGUUGAUUUGGGGUUCCAGAAACGCCAGACUUACCAGCAGUUCACAAAGCUCAAUGUCAGCACCGAAGUAAGAGGAUUCUACCAGCAAAGAAAGUACACUCGUGCCCUGAGUGCCACCCGAACUGACUGGGCCCCUAUUGGUAUCUACACAGAGACCACAGGACAUGCCGACUUGGAUCCUCGGGGGAAGGAGCGAUAUGUGACAGCAUCCAACUCGGAUCCUUUCUAUGUCGGUGAUCUACUAACUGGCAAGACCUUCGUGGCCAAGUAUGGAGACGGAAUGCCUGUGGUACAUUUGGCUGGAGCUUCGGCUGAUUCAGAUACGCCUGUGUUCUAUGAAUGGGCUAUGGAUGACUUUGAGGGACUGUGUGAUGAUCUGAGAGCCAGCUCAGAUACCCAGCCAACCCAGUCUAGAGAAGAUCUGUGCACCACCAUCACUAUGCACGACUUUUGGUCUCGCAUUCUCCGCAUGGAUGUGGAUAUGGAGAGAGUCGUCAUGACUCUGAGACAUACAGAUAACGUCACUGUUGGUUAUGUGGGGUUGCAGGGGCAGAGUUUGGGCGACGAGGAUGACAAGCAAAUGCCAGUCCCAUGGAGAGAAGGUGCGUUUGGCAAGGUGGAGAUGUUUGAGGCUGUGGAAGUUAUAGAUGAUGAGCUUGAGCAGGAGGCUGAAGAGGAGAGGGUGGGUUUCAAGGUGUGA